CCAUUUUGGGUGGUUAGUUUGCGCCAAGAUGGCGGCACCCAUUGAAUCGCACCGUUUUGCUUAUGUGGAACUAUUAACUGCAAAACACACCAAACAAAAUUUAUUGUGUGAAUUUUGAAGAGAUGCACAAAGUUGACUGCGAGUAACACCAUUUUAUUUUACAUUAUUUUUUGUAUAAAUGGCUGUGCAUUCAUGGUGUUACGGAUUUAUGUUGUUUUGACCUGCCGGCUUUUUUUUCUACAAAUUUUCUGCAAAGCGUCGAGCAAGGAACUUCAUCUCCCGGCACAAUGGCAUCUGGCUCAGUCCUGCAGCCACGGUGGAAGCGGGUUUUGGGUUGGUCCGGUCCUGUCCCCCGGCCCCGACAUGGGCACCGUGCGGUUGCAAUCAAAGAAUUGAUGGUCGUUUUCGGGGGGGGCAAUGAAGGAAUUGUGGAUGAGUUGCACGUUUAUAACACAGCGACCAACCAGUGGUUCAUUCCUGCUGUCCGUGGUGAUAUCCCGCCUGGCUGUGCUGCGUAUGGGUUUGUGUGCGACGGCACCAGGCUGCUGGUGUUCGGAGGGAUGGUGGAGUAUGGCAAAUACAGCAACGAUCUGUAUGAACUGCAGGCUAGCCGCUGGGAGUGGAAGCGUCUGAAGGCCAAAUCUCCUAAGAACGGCCCUCCUCCCUGUCCCCGUCUGGGCCACAGCUUCUCCCUGGUAGGGAACAAAUGCUACCUUUUCGGAGGACUGGCUAACGACAGCGAGGACCCCAAGAACAACAUCCCCAGAUACCUGAACGAUCUGUAUACGUUGGAGCUGCGUGCCGGCUCCAGUGUGGUGGGCUGGGACAUCCCCAUCACCUACGGGGUGUUGCCCCCGCCCAGAGAGAGCCACACUGCCGUCGUCUACACAGAGAAGUCCCGUCUGGUCAUCUAUGGAGGCAUGAGUGGUUGUCGUCUGGGGGAUCUGUGGAUCUUAGACAUAGACACCCUCACAUGGAAUAAGCCCUCGAUCAAUGGAACAGCUCCUCUCCCUCGCAGUCUCCACUCUGCCACAACUAUCACCAACAAGAUGUACGUGUUCGGAGGCUGGGUUCCCCUGGUGAUGGAUGACGUCAAAGUAGCGACACACGAGAAGGAGUGGAAGUGCACCAACACACUGGCCUGUCUCAACCUAGACUCGAUGGUGUGGGAGUCAGUUCUACUGGACUCUCUAGAGGAUAAUAUCCCCAGGGCCCGAGCUGGUCACUGCUCCGUAGCCAUCAACUCACGUCUGUACGUCUGGAGCGGACGGGACGGAUACCGCAAGGCCUGGAACAACCAGGUGUGCUGUAAGGACCUCUGGUACCUGGAGACAGAGAAGCCCCGCCCCCCGUCACGGGUGCAGCUGGUGAGAGCCAACACCAGUAGCCUGGAGGUGAGCUGGGGGGCGGUACCUACUGCAGACACCUACCUGUUACAGCUGCAGAAGUACGAUAUCCCCCCCGCCCCGGCCGCUACCACGCCCGGCGUCAGCCCCGCGACGCCACUGCCGGUCAAUUCCUCCCCCAAAAGCCCCGUCUCAGCCUCGGCAGUGUCCGCCCAGGGCCACCCUCUCCAGGGCAUCACCCUGGUCCCCUCCAUGCCUGGGAGUCCAGUUCCUGCUCGCGGACCAGCUAUUCUUAAGGUGUCUGCUCCCCAAUCCACCACAGGCGCCUCCAUCGUCACGGUGAGACAGGCCAACCAGGGCGGGAAAUCCCCUGUCAUGGUUACAACACUUCCUGCUGGGGUCCGAAUGGUGGUGCCGGCCCAGGUCGCACAGGGAACCCCAAUGGGCAGCAGCCCUCAGAUGAGUGGCAUGGCUGCGUUGGCUGCAGCAGCUGCGGCCACCCAGAAGAUCCCGCCCUCCACGGCCACCAUGCAGUUGCCAGCCGGUGCCACCAUAGUCAAGACAGUAGCCAUGAGCCCUGGCGCACAGACUGUCAAAGUAGCUUCGCCUGUUAUGAUCAGUAACCCAGCUACUCGCAUGCUGAAGACUGCUGCGGCUCAGGUGGGCACGUCAGGUGUCGCCACACCCGGAACGCCCAAUCGGCCAAUCAUCACCGUGCACAAGUCUGGCACGGUGACGGUUGCCCAGCAACACCAGGUGGUUACCACGGUAGUGGGAGGAGUCACCAAGACCAUCACUCUGGUUAAGAGUCCCCUCACUCUGGGGGGAGGUGGCACGCUGCUGACCGCGGCCAACCAGGGUCAAAACAAAGUGAUGUCUGGGAAGGACGUGCAGCAUUGGCUGUCUAACCUGUCCAACCUGGGGAAGGUGAUGUCCGUGGUCCAGACCAAGCCUGGUCAGACAGGAGCGGUGACGGGACAGGCUGGCUCCAGCCUCCAGCACAUCCUACAGACGAAGGGUCCUCUUCCGGCGGGUACUAUCCUGAAGUUGGUGACGUCAGCCGACGGCACGCCCACCACCAUCAUCACCACUUCCAAGGCCGGGGCCACCGUAGGGGGCAAGCCCACCAUCUUGUCCUACAGCAGCAUGCCUACCUCCACCUCCAAGCCGGGCACCCACAUUAUCAAGACCAUACCCAUGUCCUCCAUCGGACAAGCAGGAGUGACAGGAAGUGGUAUGAAGUCCCCCAUUACCAUCAUUACCACUAAGAUGAUGACACCAGGCACCGGGACACCAGGCAAGAUCAUCAGCGCAAUGCCCAGAACUGGGACUGGUCAACAGGGACUCACACAGGUGGUGCUGAAGGGUGCCCCAGGACAGCCCGGAACUAUUUUACGGACCGUCCCCAUGGGAGGUGUACGUCUCGUCUCCCCGGUAACGGUUUCCGGUGUCAAGCCUAACGUCACCACCCUGGUCGUCAAGGGAACCACAGGUGUGACUACGUUGGGUACGGUGACUGGCACAGUGUCGACCAGCCUGGCAGGAGGAAGUGUUGCCACCGUUGCUCCUAUCACCACCUUGGGCACCAUGACGACCCUGCCAGGACAGGUCACCGUCUCCGCAGCACAGGCAGGAGGCCAGGCAGGAGGCCAGGCCACCCAGGUGACCUUAAUCACUUCCCCUAGCGGUGUGGAGGCUCAGCCUGUCCAUGACCUUCCUGUCUCCAUCCUGUCGUCCCCCACCUCCGCCGACCCCUCCUCCACCCAGCCCGAGGCAGGCGACCCAGGCACCGUGACCCUGGUCUGCUCAAACCCCCCCUGCGAGACCCACGAGACCGGCACUACCAAUACAGCUACCACGGCCUCCGCUAACAUGACUGGUAAUGGUGGGGUGGAGAGGGUGUGUUCAAACCCGCCGUGCGAAACCCACGAGACCGGCACCACCAACACUCAAACGACAGCGUCCUCCAACAUGGGCCAGGUACAGCAGGUGUGCACCAACCCACCGUCAGAGACCCACGAUACAGGUACCACCAACACCCAGACCACCGCCAGCUGUAACAUGGGAUCCAACCAGCAACAACAAGGCUCCUGCGUAACCAACAACACCAGCGGGUCUGAUCCCCCGUCCUCUCCGCCCCCCUCCUCCUCCUCCGGAGACCUCUCCCCCUCGUCUGUUUCUGGUACCAGCUCUGUGCCCGGGGUGCUACGACCGGAGACUCUGAGAACAGGGACCACCUACACCUCGACCACCGCACGCUCUAACAUGGGCUCUGACAAGAUGGGCAUGACGCUCAGCUCCUCGUCCUCAGAUAACCAGAGCAAGUCAUCCAGCGGUGGAGGAGGAGGAGGAGUAGGAUCCCCCCUCACAUCUCCUGUCUGCUCCAAUCCACCUUGUGAAACACACGAGACUGGAACUACCACUACCUCGACGCAGGACAACUCCAGUAUGGGCAUCGGGCAGACUACAGGGACAGUGCAAAAUGUGUGUUCCAAUCCUCCGUGUGAAACACAUGAAACAGGGACGACCAACACCCCGUCUCAGACUACGUCCAACCUGACAGGAACGGGGACAGGAACGGGGACAGGGACGGGCACGGUCCAGAGAGUGUGUUCCAAUCCACCGUGUGAAACACACGAAACGGGCACCACCAACACAGCUACCACAGCCCAGCCUGGUGACUCGACACAAGGAGACAACGGAACUCAAGAGGCUCCCUCGUCAUCCUCGGCAACCACCGAGUCCAGCGCAUCGACGACAUCUGGCAGAGCCGUCACCACGGUUACUCAGUCCACGCCCACACCUGGGCCCUGCGUUCCCGAGAUCUCAUCAAUGUCUGGGUCGUCUGAGGCGGUGGCAUCGAGGGCUGAAGAGGAAGAGGAGGCCAUGCAGACCGACUCUCUCCCAGAGGGCACAGUGAGGGUUGUGACCCUGGAAGAGGCUGCUGCGGCUGGGAUACAUGUCCAUGUGGAGGACAUGGAGGAACAGAACCAGGGGGAGCAGGAGGGCCUGCCUGCGGAGCUGAUGUCUGAAGGUGGCUCGGGGGGCCAGCAGACCCUGAUGGUGACGGGUUUAACCCCCGAGGAGCUGGCUGUUACCGCUGCAGCCGAGCAGGCAGCACAACACGCUGCUACUGAGGAGGCCCAGGCCAAGGCCAUACAGGCUGUCCUGCAGGCCGCACAGCACGCUGUCAUGAAUGAAGGAGACGGUGGCCAUCACACCACCACCAUCCCCAUUGUGUUGACUCAGGCUGAGCUGGCAGCCCUGGUACAACAACAGCAGCAGCUGCAGGAGGCCCAGGCUCUUGCUCAGGCCCAGGCUCUUGCUCAGGCCCAGGCUCUUGCUCAGGCCCAGGCUCUUGCUCAGGCCCAGGCAGCAGCAGCACAACACAACCAGGCAGCAGCACAACACAACCAGCCCACCGAGGGCCUGGCCCCAGCAGACAGCCUGAACGACCCAGCGUCAGAGAGUAACGCCGAUGAGCUGGCCGCUGCAGUGACCCAGGCUGUGGCCCGAUUAGCUCCGUCCUGCACCUUAACCCCCACUCAGACAAUGAUGGUGACCAGCCCGGCUAAGAUACAGGCGGCUACAACCAUGGCAGAGGUGGUCAAUGGAAUAGAGUCUGCCGCUGGGAGGCCAGCGCCGCCUCCUCCUGCGGUGGCCAAAGCCCCGCUGAAGAAAGACAACCAGUGGUUUGACGUUGGCAUCGUCAAGGUGACCAACACGGUGGUCACGCACUACUACCUGCCCGACGAAGACGCGGCCGCCGUUGACGAUGACUCUGGGACGAUCCCGGACUACAGUCAGAUGAGGAAGAUCGAUCUCCAGCCAGGGACGGCCUAUAAAUUCAGAGUGGCCGGGAUCAACACCUGUGGCCGGGGGAACUUCUCAGAGGUCUCGGCCUUCAAGACGUGUCUACCAGGCUUCCCCGGCGCUCCCUGUGCUAUCAAGAUCAGCAAGAGCCCAGACGGCGCCCACCUGACCUGGGAGCCUCCGUCGGUCACAUCUGGUAAGAUCAUUGAGUACUCGGUGUACCUGGCCAUCCAGAGCGCCCAGAGCGGGGAGCAGGCCAAGCCCACCACCACCACCACCCCAGCCCAGCUGGCUUUCAUGCGGGUGUUCUGUGGGCCCAACCCUUCCUGCCUGGUGCAGUCGUCCAGCCUCUCCAACGCGCACAUAGACUACACCACGAAGCCUGCCAUCAUCUUCCGUAUCGCAGCCCGCAACGAGAAAGGUUACGGCCCUGCCACGCAGGUCAGGUGGCUCCAAGAGAUUAGUAAAGAUGGCCUUGCAGGUAAACCUACCGUCAAGAGACCAGGUUCCUCACCUGACAUGAAACCUGCUGGUCCGAAGAAGGCCAGAUCAGACCAGUGAGGGGGAUGACUAUGACUGAAUACAAUACCUUCCUACUGAUUACAAUACCGCAGGCUCCACCUAGACCCCGGACUCCAACCUCUACCAGAACCCCAUCUAACCCUACAACAGCACAUCCUGAACCCAGACCAGGCCCCCAAUCCUGAAC